AUGAGUAACAUUGUCAAUAACACUCCAGAGACAAGGUUAAUAUGGUUUGAUGGAGAAAUGACAGGACUAGAGCUCCAUCAGCGACUGGUUGAGAUCGCGUGUGUGAUUACGGAAGCAGAUUUGACGGUAAGAGUAUUUAUGUGGUAUUUAUUUUUUUAGUUUGUAGCAAGCUUUGGACCGAUUGCAAUUCACCAAAACAAGGAAAUCAUGGAUAAUAUGAACGAUUGGUGCAAGAAAACGUUCAAGAAGAAUGGUCUUCUGGAGCUAAUAAAUGAGAGCAAGGAAACCGAAGAAAGCAUUGACAAUCAGGUGGGUUUUGUGUUUUAGUAUAACAUUAUAUGGUUUAAAUUGUCCUUUUUAUUGAUCUGUUAUACUCAUAUAAACGUCAAACUAUUAUUUGAAGAGAUCUAAAAAUUAGAUUUAGUUGAAAGAGUUCUUGGACACUCAUACACCUUUUGCUAAAUGUCCGUUGGCUGGGAACUCAGUGGGAAUGGAUCGUAUGUUCAUCAACAAAUAUCUUCCGAAGACCGCAGAACAUUUACAUUACCGUACCAUCGAUGUGAGCACGAUAAAAGAGUUGUGUAAGAGAUGGCAUCCAGAGAUUUACGAAAAGAUGCCAGAAAAGAAGAUGGCUCACAGAUCUAUCGAUGAUAUCUACGAAAGUAUAGACGAGUUGAAGUACUACAGGUCAGCUUUGUUUAUACAUUGA